GGGAGAGAUCUCAGACAUUUCUUCGCAUUUUCCUCUCUUUCUUUCUCGGUCCUCACUACUCGCACUCCCCCGCGCAACGGAUCUCAAAAUUUUCCGACACUUGCUUGGGAAAUACGGAGAUGGAGGGCACGCGAGAAAACAGAUUCUAUAGAACCAAACGGAAAUAUAAACAGAAGAAGGCUGACUUGGACACAGUGCUUCGGAAAUCUUGGUACCAUCUGCGGCUGUCGGUGAGGCACCCUUCAAGGGUCCCCACCUGGGACGCCAUCGUCCUCACCGCCGCCAGCCCCGAGCAGGCCCAGCUCUACGACUGGCAGCUCGAGCGCGCCAAGCGCAUGGGCCGCGUCUCCCCCUCCACCGUCACUCUAGCCGUGCCCGACCCCCACGGCCAGCGGAUCGGCUCCGGAGCCGCCACUCUCCACGCCAUUCACGCUCUCGCUGCGCAUUACCAGCACCUCGGCCUCCAUCUCGCCCCCGUGGCAGAAACCACAGACAAUGGCAGUUCCAACAAUGAAGUCCCCGUCAUGCCAAUGGUUAGCUUCAUGGCCAAAAAGCAUAUACUAUUGCUUCAUGCUGGAGGUGACUCUAAAAGGGUCCCAUGGGCAAAUCCUAUGGGAAAAGUUUUUCUGCCGCUUCCGUUUUUGGGAGCAGAUGACCCCGAUGGGCCAGUUCCACUGCUUUUUGACCAUAUACUGGCCAUUGCUUCUUGUGCAAGACAAGCCUUUAAAAAUGAAGGCGGUAUAUUUAUUAUGACUGGAGAUGUUCUUCCGUGUUUUGAUGCCUCCACCAUGGUACUUCCAGAGGACACAUCCUGCAUCAUCACUGUUCCAAUCACCCUAGAUAUUGCGUCUAACCAUGGUGUCAUUGUGGCAUCUCAAAGUGGGAUUACGGCUAAAAGUGUUUUGGUCAGUUUAGUUGACAAUCUUCUACAAAAACCCAGCAUACGCGAGCUUGAUGAGAAUAAGGCAAUUCUUGAUGAUGGUAGAACACUACUUGACACAGGAAUGAUAGCAGUUAGAGGUCAAGCCUGGGUGGAGCUUGUUAAGCUUGCGUGUUCCUGCCAACCAAUGAUUUCAGAGCUUCUGAAGAGCAGAAAAGAGAUGAGUUUAUAUGAAGAUCUGGUAGCAGCUUGGGUACCUGCGAAACAUGAGUGGCUGCAACGACGGCCUUUGGGUGAAGAACUGGUCAGCAGAUUGGGAAAAAACAAGAUGUUUAGCUAUUGUGCUUAUGAUUUGUUGUUCUUACAUUUUGGAACCUCAAGUGAAGUUUUGGAUCACCUAAGUGGGGCUGGUCCAGGACUUGUUGGCCGAAGACACUUGUGUUCCAUCCCAGCAACAACUGUUUCUGACAUUGCAGCAUCUGCUGUUGUUCUUUCAAGCAAAAUUGCACCUGGGGUGUCAGUUGGGGAAGAUUCUCUUCUAUAUGAUUCAUCCAUUUCUAGCGGCAUACAAAUUGGUUCUCAAUCUAUAGUUGUUGGUAUCAAUGUCCCAGGAGACAAUGGGAGGACAGCAGAAGAUUCAUUUAAGUUCAUGCUUCCUGAUCGCCAUUGCCUUUGGGAGGUUCCGUUAGUAGGAUGCACUGAAAGAGUUAUUGUGUAUUGUGGUCUCCAUGAUAACCCAAAAAAUUCAGUUUCUAGGGAUGGGACUUUUUGUGGGAAACCCUGGAAGAAGUUUUUUCAUGAUCUAUGCAUCCAAGAAAGUGAUCUGUGGGCCUCGACAGUUACGCAGGACAAAUGCUUAUGGAAUGCAAAGAUAUUCCCCAUUCUCCCUUACUUUGAAAUGCUUACUUUGGCAACAUGGUUGAUGGGCCUGAGUGACCAAAAAACCAAUUACUUGCUUCCCUUAUGGAAAAAUGCGCGCCGUGUCAGUUUGGAGGAGUUGCAUAGAUCAAUUGACUUCACAAAGAUGUGUAUAGGCUCCAGUAAUCAUCAAGCAGAUCUUGCAGCUGGAAUUGCUCAAGCAUGCAUUAAUUAUGGCAUGCUUGGACGCAACUUAUCUCAAUUGUGUAGAGAAAUUCUUCAAAAGGAAGUUUCAGGAGUCAAAAUAUGUAAGGACUUUCUGGAUAUGUGUCCCAGACUUCAGGAGCAGAACUCUAGGAUUCUUCCCAAAAGUCGAGCAUACCAGGUGCAAGUUGAUCUGCUUCGAGCAUGCAGAGAUGAAGCAAGAGCAUGUGAGUUGGAGCACAAUGUUUGGGCUGCGGUUGCUGAUGAAACGGCUUCGGCAGUAAGAUAUGGUUUUAAAGAACAUCUCUUGGAGUCUCCCAGCAACGUGUCUGGUUCAGCAUAUGAGAACAAGAAGUUUGAUGGCUGUGUUGAUAGAUCUUUCCACCCUAGAAUGAUAAAGGUUGAAUUACCUGUUCGUGUAGAUUUUGUUGGGGGUUGGAGUGAUACUCCUCCAUGGAGCUUAGAGCGUUCUGGUUGUGUUCUGAAUAUGGCAAUCAAUCUGGAAGGUUCUCUUCCCAUUGGCGCCAUCAUAGAGACAACAGAAACAGCUGGAGUAUCAAUAAGCGAUGAUGCUGGAAACCAGUUUCAUGUUGAAGAUCUUACCUCUAUUUCCGCUCCAUUUGAAAGCGAUGAUCCAUUUCGGCUCGUCAAAUCUGCAUUAGUUGUGACUGGCAUUAUUCAUGAUAACAUGCUUUUGUCCAUGGGCUUGCUAAUCAGGACAUGGGCCAAUGUCCCUCGUGGUAGUGGCUUGGGGACUUCUAGCAUCUUAGCUGCUGCUGUUGUGAAAGGACUUCUCCAGAUAACUGAUGGGGAUGACAGUAAUGAAAAUGUUGCUAGACUUGUUUUGGUAUUAGAGCAGCUUAUGGGAACAGGAGGUGGUUGGCAGGAUCAAAUUGGAGGUCUGUACCCUGGAAUAAAAUUUACCGCAAGUUUUCCUGGAAUUCCAUUGCGGCUUCAAGUCAUUCCCCUCCUAGCUUCUCCUCAGCUGACUCUAGAGUUGCAGCAACGCUUACUUGUGGUAUUUACUGGUCAAGUUCGACUUGCACACGAAGUUUUGCAGAAAGUGGUAACUAGAUAUCUUCGACGAGAUAACCUUCUUGUGUCUAGUAUCAAGCGUCUUGCAGAAUUGGCAAAGAUUGGAAGGGAAGCUCUAAUGAACUGUGACAUUGAUGAGUUGGGGGAAAUAAUGUUGGAGGCUUGGAGGUUGCAUCAGGAACUUGACCCUUACUGCAGCAACCAGUUUGUCGACCGCCUCUUUUCAUUUGCUGACCCUUACUGCAAUGGCUACAAGCUUGUGGGUGCUGGUGGUGGGGGUUUUGCAUUGUUGCUUGCCAAGGAUGCUUGCAGUGCCAACGAACUAAGGCAAUUGCUAGAAGCAGAUCCAAGCUUCGACGUGAAAAUCUAUGAUUGGAAUAUCUUUAAAGAGUAUUAAUUGUGAAGAGGGUUAUCAAAAGGUAUCAUAUUAGUUUUUUAGAUUGAUGGUUAUCUAUUCUUUAUUCUAGAUUAAGAUGCGUGUUCAAAUUGUUGAGGUGUCAUUCAUGUAAAUUCUGUAAAAUGAAAAACGAGAGGAAAACUACAGAAUGCGAGUAUUGUUUAAGCUCAAUAAAUUUCAGCAGUGUAACAGAUGUAUUGUGAUGUAGAAUUUGCAUGGAAAUACUUGGAAAAAUAAAGAAAAGUCAAUACAAUGACGGAAAUACCUCUGUAUCAAAAGAUCCUAAUUUGACU